GGUGGCCCCGAGAGACACGUGAGUGAAAUGCUGCUCUCCGCGCAACGCCGCAACCCCCGAACUUGGAGGCACAACACCCAACAGCAAUCCGCGUCGCCGCAGCACGCAGAUCACCGGACACGACGAUGGACCUCCACGAAGUGCAGAAUGCAACGGUUCGCUUCCUGAACGACGCCAAUGCCUACCUGGAGAGGAUACCUGGCUCGUCAAUUGCGGUGCGCUACAUCAAAUCGAGCUACCAGAACGACCCGGUCAGAAGCGCAGUCGAGCUUUUCCUGUUCCUCUUCGCGGUGCGGUACCUGCUUGCGCCCAAGUACAGUACACAGAAGAAAGUGCACCUUACAGACGCGGAGAUCGACGAACUUGUGGAGGACUGGACACCCGAGCCGCUUGUCGCCACGCCCACGCCGUUCGAAGAGCUGGACAAUGAGAAGAGGCCCGUUAUCGUUGGGCCUACAGGACCCAAGUCGAAGCUCUCCAACGGCCGCACCGUCACGAACCUCGCUUCCUUGAACUUCUACAACUUCGUCGCAAACGAGACCCUCAAGGAAAAGGCCAUCCAGACCCUCCGCACCUACGGCGUGGGCCCCUGCGGUCCUCCCGGAUUCUACGGCACACAGGAUGUACACAUGAAGACAGAGCAGGACGUAGCUGCGCACCUUGGCAUGCCAGCCUGCAUCAUCUAUGCGCAAGCUUUCUCCACCAUAUCGAGCGUCAUCCCCUCCUUCUGCAAGCGCGGAGACAUCAUCGUCGCAGACAACGCCGUCAACUUUCCCGUGCGCAAGGGUAUCCAGAUCUCUAGGAGCACGGUGCGCUGGUAUGAGCACAACGACAUGAACGACUUGGAGAAGGUUUUGCAAAGAGUCACCAAGGAGCAGGCUGGCAAGCCCCUCACACGCCGGUUUAUCAUCACCGAGGGCCUGUUCGAAAACAUCGGCGACGUCGUGGACCUGCCCAAGCUGAUUGAGUUGAAGCUUAAGUACAAAUUCCGCCUGAUCCUUGACGAGAGCUGGUCCUACGGCGUCCUGGGCAGGACUGGACGCGGUGUUACCGAAGCCCAGAACGUCGAUGCAACAGAAGUUGACAUGAUCGUUGGCUCUUUAUCAGGGCCUCUGUGCGCCGCAGGAGGGUUUUGUGCCGGUAACGAUGAGGUCGUAGAGCAUCAGCGCAUUUCUUCUGCUUCGUACACAUAUUCUGCGGCCCUGCCGGCGCUUCUUUCGACAACGGCAAGCGAGACUAUCUCGCUCCUGCAGGAGCAGCCAGAGAUCCUGACAAGCCUGCGAGAAAGGAUCGAGGCUAUGCGCGGACAGCUCGACCCCAGGAGCGACUGGGUCAAAGUCACCAGCUCGGCGGACAACCCCAUCAUGCUCCUCGUCCUCAAAGACGAAGUGAUCGCAGCCAAAAACUUCAGUCUGGACGACCAGAACCAGAUCCUGCGCGACGUCGUCGACGAAUGUCUUGCAAACGGCGUGCUCAUCACACGACUCAAAGCCUUCCCGCUCGGCCUCGGCGUCAACCCCCGCGACGCCGGCUGGGCGCCCGUGCCAGCGCUGAAGGUGUGCGUGACCAGCGGGCUGACGAAGAAGGAGACGGAGAAAGCCGGCGUCAUCAUCCGGCACGCCAUCACCAAGAUCAUCUCCAAGAGGAAGUAAGACCUGGACGAGGCACGAGUACGAUUCACGCUGGAUUUGGGACCGGAGCAUGGUUGGUUUGCUGAGCGAGCAUUUUGGUUGCGCGCACCUUCUUUGUACCAUUCUUGGGUAGACUACGCUUUGUAAUGCAUAAUGGACGCUUGUCUGACUGUCGAAU